GCAUUUGCAAGAGCUUCAAUUCUCACGCCCGGGGCUAAGUGGUCAGCUGGAAACACCCGCGUCGAGUGGAACGUUCCGGGGCCACGCGCCGCGGUGGAACGAUCCGGGGAGGUUCCAGCGGGCGCUGCAGCUGCGCGUGGAGGCUGGAGUUGACUCUCCCGCACACGACGAGCAGGGACUGGCUUAGUAACGGGUGGUGCUUGCAUUGCAGGCUGCGGUGCAGCUCGUCCCAGCUUCGCCCGCCCGCACGGCUCCUCCUUCCGAAUUUGCUUCCUGCCGUGCGAUGUGGUGAGUGAGAGAGAGAGCGAGCGAGCGAGUGAUUGUACAGAGAUGCCGCCGGUUCGGAAGACUGUAGCAGAACUCCGCUCCCGUGCGGAAGGUUACGAGAAAGCAGAGGAUACCUCGGAGAAAACCUCAUUGGCUGAUCAAGAAGAUAUGAGAACAAUAUUUAUCAACCGGCCUCAACUUGUAAAAUUUUGUAGUAACCAUGUCAGCACUGCAAAAUAUAACCUGCUUACAUUCAUGCCAAGGUUCCUAUACUCACAGUUUAGACGAGCAGCCAACUCUUUUUUCCUGUUUAUAGCCCUUCUCCAGCAAAUCCCUGAUGUUUCCCCAACUGGUCGUUAUACAACAUUGGUCCCAUUGUUGUUUAUCCUUCUUGUGGCUGCAGUCAAAGAAAUAAUAGAAGAUAUUAAAAGACACAACGCAGACAGUGGAGUGAACAAGAAAAAGGCGCAAGUGCUGAGAAAUGGUGCUUGGGAAAUUGUCCAUUGGGCAAAGGUACAGGUUGGCGAUAUAGUUAAAAUAAAUUGCACAGAAUACAUACCUGCUGAUACUGUACUACUGUCAUCAAGUGAACCACAGGCAAUGUGUUACAUUGAAACUUCUAAUUUAGAUGGAGAGACAAAUCUUAAGAUCCGACAGGGUCUAUCUCAGACAGCAGACAUAAAAGAUAUUGAAAGUUUAAUGAAUUUUUCGGGCAAACUGGAAUGCGAGAGUCCCAACCGUCACCUCUAUGAUUUUGUUGGCAACAUUCGAUUCGACGGAAAAAGCACAUUCCCCUUGGGCCAAGAUCAAAUUCUCUUGCGGGGUGCUCAAAUAAGAAACACCCAGUGGAUUCACGGAGUUGUGGUUUAUACAGGACAUGACACAAAGCUCAUGCAGAAUACUACACGACCUCCACUGAAGUUGUCAAAUGUGGAACACAUCACAAAUGUACAAAUCCUCUUCUUGUUUGGUGUUCUCCUCUUCAUAUCUUUAGUAUGUGCCAUUGGUUCUACAGUUUGGAAUAAAAAACAUGGUAAAGGAGUCUGGUAUCUUCACUUCAGUGACAGUGGAGCCGCUUACUUUGGAUUGAACUUCUUAACUUUCAUCAUCCUCUUCAAUAACCUGAUUCCAAUCAGCCUCUUAGUUACACUAGAAGUUGUAAAGUUCAUCCAAGCAUUUUUCAUUAAUUGGGAUAUUGAUAUGUUAUAUGAACCAACCAAUACUCCUGCAAUGGCCAGAACAUCCAAUUUAAACGAAGAACUAGGACAGGUGAAAUAUAUAUUCUCAGAUAAGACUGGAACUUUAACGUGUAAUGUUAUGGAGUUUAAGAAAUGUACAGUGGCAGGAAUUGCUUACGGUCAUUUUCCUGAUCAUGAGGAUUUUAGAUACUCUGAAGACUGUGGGCAAGGUGAUCCAAUAAAUGGAGAAAGUGCAUUUCAAGAUCCUUCUUUGCUGGAAAAUCUUCAGGGCAAUCAUCCCACAGCACCAGUGAUCUGCGAGUUUUUAACAAUGUUGGCAAUUUGCCAUACGGCUGUGCCUGAGAGGGUUGCUGACAGGAUAAUCUACCAAGCCUCAUCCCCAGAUGAAGGAGCACUAGUAAGAGCAGCAAAACAAUUGGGCUUUGUGUUCAGCGGACGAACUCCAAAUGGUGUGAUUAUAGAAGCUCUUGGACACGAAGAAAAAUAUGAACUGCUGAAUGUGCUUGAGUUUACCAGCAACAGAAAGCGCAUGUCUGUGAUCGUCCGUACACCAGCAGGAAAGCUGCGACUUUACUGUAAAGGAGCGGAUACAGUUAUCUAUGAACGGUUGUCAGAGAGCUCGCGAUACAGGGACAUCACUUUGAAACAUUUAGAACAGUUUGCUACGGAAGGUUUAAGAACCUUGUGCUUCACGGUUGCCGACAUUUCAGAGAUGAUGUACCAAGAUUGGUUGGAGGUUUACCAGCGGGCUUCUACUGCAUUGCAGAACAGGAUACUGAAGCUGGAAGAGAGUUAUGAACUGAUUGAAAAAAACCUGCAAUUGCUUGGAGCUACAGCGAUUGAAGAUAGACUACAAGACAAAGUUCCUGAAACUAUAGAAACAUUAUCCAAAGCAGACAUCAAAAUUUGGGUUCUGACGGGGGACAAACAGGAAACCGCUAUUAAUAUAGGGUAUGCAUGUAAACUUCUGACGAAAAACAUGGGUCUUAUGGUUCUAAAUGCACACACUCUUGAUACAACAAGGGAAAUGCUGAUCCACCACUGCAACACUCUGGGAGAUUCACUGCGUAAGGACAAUGACUUUGCAUUGAUUAUUGAUGGAAAAACCCUCAAAUACGCCCUGACAUUUGGGGUGCGACAAUCUUUUUUGGAUCUUGCGUUGUCUUGCAAAGCUGUCAUCUGCUGCCGAGUUUCACCUCUUCAGAAGUCAGAAAUAGUUGAGAUGGUGAAGAAAGAGGUGAAGGUUAUAACGCUAGCUAUAGGUGAUGGUGCAAAUGAUGUGGGAAUGAUCCAAACAGCACAUGUUGGUGUUGGAAUAAGUGGAAACGAGGGCCUGCAAGCAGCAAACUCUUCUGAUUAUUCUAUUGCACAGUUCAAAUAUCUGAAGAACUUGCUACUGGUUCACGGAGCCUGGAACUAUAAUCGCGUAGCCAAGUGUAUCCUGUACUGUUUUUACAAGAAUAUAGUCCUGUACAUUAUUGAGAUCUGGUUCGCUUUUGUGAAUGGCUUCUCAGGACAGAUACUUUUUGAAAGAUGGUGUAUUGGUCUCUACAAUGUGAUUUUCACAGCUUUGCCUCCCCUCACUUUGGGAAUAUUUGAGAGAAGUUGUCGAAAGGAAAAUAUGUUGAAAUAUCCAGAGCUAUACAAAACGUCACAGAAUGCAUUGAACUUCAAUACAAAGGUUUUCUGGGUUCAUUGUUUGAAUGGCCUGUUCCACUCGAUUAUUCUGUUUUGGUUCCCACUGCAAGCCCUCGAGCAUGACACUGUAUUUGGAAAUGGAAAGACGCCUGGCUGCCUGCUACUAGGAAAUAUGGUUUACACAUAUGUGGUGAUCACUGUUUGUUUAAAAGCUGGUUUGGAGACCUCAUCUUGGACCACAUUCAGUCAUGUGGCCAUCUGGGGCAGCAUUGGAAUGUGGGUGGUGUUUUUCGCAAUCUACUCCUCACUCUGGCCAGCGAUUCCAUUGGCUCCUGACAUAUCUGGAGAGGCUGUAAUGUUGUUCAGCUCCGGUAUUUUUUGGAUGGGCCUGAUCUUCAUUCCAAUUACUGCCCUUCUGUGUGAUGUGGCUUACAAAGUCGUGAAGAGAACGUUUUGGAAGACUAUGGUGGAGGAGGUGCAGGAGUUGGAAGCCCAAUCUCAGGAUCCAGGUGAAGCUGUUUAUGGCAAAAGUUUAAGUGAACGCGCUCAACUCCUAAAGAAUGUUUUUAAGAAGAACACUAUCAACUUGCACCGUUCUGAAUCAUUGCAGCAAAGCUCAUUACAUGGUUAUGCCUUUUCCCAAGAUGAGAAUGGCAUUGUAUCUCAGUCUGAAGUAGUCAGGGCCUACGACACCACCAAACAACGGCAGGAUGACUGGUAAACACCUUGUACAGGAACGUGAAUUCCAAACACGUACUUUCAACUAAGAAUGGGACUUCAAACUUUGAGAUGUCCAACUUUGAAAAAUCGUGCUGUAAAGAUCUUCCAAAUGCAUGAAGAGGUUGGAUUUUGCGUUUGAUGAAGGGGAGACGUGCUAGUCAGUUUUGUUGUGUACGCGAUAGACACGAUCACUGUGCAAAUCCACAUUAGUAUAAAUUCACUGUUAUAGAGUGCCAACACAAUAGACAUUAACAACUAGAUUGGCUGGACUUCAAUUCUGUUACUUUACACAUAAUGGGUUGUCUUUUCACAUUAUUUUUAAAUAGUGAAUAUAUAUAAAUUAUUUCCUAAUUUAAACUCUGAUUGUUAUGAGCAUUAGUUUAAUGUCUUAAUUACAAUGGAGUAUUAAUCCCUAAAUUUUAUUUUGUUUAAAAUUUGAACACCCACUUCCUUAAACCUUUAUAUAAAUAUGCCACUUUUUUCCGCCCCUUUUGCAUAUUUAACCUUUGUUGCCAUCACACAAAGAUAUUUUCAAGCAUUAUUUUUAUUACUGCCUUAAAUAGAAUGAUUCUGUGGGGAAACACUGGAAAAUCAAAGAUGAUCCACUCAUUGCCAAAUACGUUCACAAAUGCAACCCAGGAGGAUUCUUUCAAUGGUCAAGACACUGAAUAAAAUGCAGGAUUAAUAAGAAACUAUUUGAAUGAUAAAUACAGACUUUGUUGAACUGCAGUGUUAAACAUGGUACUGGUGCUACUUUCCUUAUUGCCAUUAUUUGCCAAAAGUAAAAUUGAGCUUUGAUCACCAAUAAUAUAAUCUCAACAACUGGUAGAAUUUGCCAUCAGCCCUAUUCUUCAGUGCACUGUCAUAGAAAUGGAGCAAGUUUCAAGUCCCAUUUGUACCUUACCUAACUCACUCCAAGGAGUGUAACUUACACAUGCAAUGACUCAUUGAAAGAUUUAACUACUGCCUUUUUGGCACUUGCUUCUGAACUUGUCUAUCUCAACUUAUGGCCUUGGAUAUGCUUUUCUCUUUGCCUACCAUUCAAAUUAAUUUUCAGUGAACAAGUGUUGUAUAUUCUGUGCCUGACUACAUCUACUGUAUAUGCUUGUGAACUUAGUGACUUUCUAACGAAUUUAAUAUUCAACAAACUACUCCAAUGUUUUCAAUUUCCAAACAACAAUCUUUGCAUCCCAAAUAAGGCAGAGUGCAGGGAAGAGUAUUUCUGGUAUGUAGUACUUUUACAUAGCUGUUGUUUUAAAAUGAUUCUGACUGGUGGGAAAAUUUCUAUAAAUCACAAUUUUAUAUCCAUUGAAAUGGAAGAUACUAUCUUGUUUUGUUUUUUUUGCCGUUUCCUUCCUGUGUCUUGCAGUUUGCCAUGAUCUUGUGAUUAAAGACAAAUGUUAAAAUAAAAUGCUGACAUUAUUUUGUUACCAAACACCUUCUCUAACAAGAUCAACAAAUUCAAGUUUGUGUUUACCUGGAUAAUUGAUUCAUAAGUAGGCAUGCCAAUUUACAAGUUUUAAUUUUGUUUAAUUGUUUAAGAGAUCAGUGACCAAUUCUACUUUAUAUCUAAAGCUGAUUUUCAAGAUUUUGUUUAGUUGGACUCAUUUCAGCAAUAUUGCUGAAUCAUGAAAAUCAGUCUUGCAUCACAUUAUUAUUAAACAACUGUCAUCUUUGCAGCCAUUUGAUGUAGUUUCCUCUGCAAGUUGAACUAAGUUUACUUUACCUGUAAUAAAUGUAAUUAUGUGGUUAUCACACUUUAUGUAAGCCUAAUAACCAAUGCGACUUGCAUUUACAUUUUGAUCUCUUGGAGGAACAUCUUAUCAGGUUUAUUUAUGUGCAUUAGUUGUUGCUUUCUUUGCAUUCAACUGCAUUAGCUGCAAAACACAACACAUAUUUUGAAAGCUUUUGUCGACAUUCUAAUCAAAGCUCGCCCUUCAGAAUUAAAUGGUUAUUAUUUAAUCUACAUGCACACACAAUAUGAAGAGCAUUUUAGUAUUUCAGUUUUAUCAUUGACUGUUCACCACAAAGCAUCAAGAUUUGACAAUACUUAAUAUGAAAAUAUAAAAGCAAAAACAAUGGAGAAAACUCAUACAUGAGAGCAGCAUUCUGCCUGAUUUUGCAAUGUUCUAGGCUCUAAAAGUAGUGAAUCAAUGUUGAACUCAAAAAUAUAAAUUUGUUAAAAAAUUAUGAUUGCGAGUCCAGUUACUGUUAUCUCCAUUUUCAGCUUAGUGUUACUGUAUGUUCGUUCUAUGUGCCAUGUGUUCUGUGUUUGUCACCAAAAUCCUUGAAUGUGAACAAAAAAAAUUGGGGGUUUUCGAAGUUUGUAAUUGCUUUGUGGUGUUUUAGUCAAUGAUGGCUGUUGUCUUCCUCCUCUUUGAGAGUGUGCUGUGUAUUCUGUAUGGUUUUCCUGUCUGUAUUGUUGUUCAGCUGCAUGAGGUUGAAUAUUACAUGUAUAUUUUCAGUGCACGACAAGUGUUUUGAUCUUGCUACACUUAUUACGCAAGAUUAGAAACAAAUGAUGCAAUUAAUCAAAGGUUACACCAUCCAGCAAAUUUCAGUUGGCAAAGUAAUUGUGUGUUUCCAAGUCAAUUAUUGUAUGUAUUCAGUUUUGGAAUAAAACUGCUAAGUUAUUUCAUUUAUAUGGAUUUUACAUUGACUUUAAAAUAUCUGUUUUGUUCCAUCAGAGGUUUGUGUCUUAGUAGAUAGCGAAAUGUGCAUUUUGCUUUACUUAGCCUUAAAA